AUGUCUCCUAGCAAACGCACGGUCGGCCCACAGAUUCCUCAGGAGGUGCUGAACAGGUUCACAGAUUUCACGGGCCCGAAAGACUGGACGGCAUUCAUGGAGAGUCGCAGCAAAGCCUUGGUGUCGGCUGCAAUCAGUGCCUCACACCACAACCAGUACAUUCAACAUCUCCCUGACGGCCAAGUACUCCUACUCCGCCUUGAUCGCCGGUCUAGGGCUGAGGAAGCUGCUUCGGAACCUAAGACGAUACUCCCACCCCGUCAUCGUUCUAUCAUUACCCCCACAAUCCCCGGGCGCGGGAUAUGUUCCUGCUGCAAUGGGCCCAGUUCAGCCCAUUCCGCUGACAUCCGCAUGAAGCUGUGGCUGUAUCUGCAUGACCUUCCUGAAUCGCUGGAGGAUGUAACGCUCAUCUUUCGGACGGCCGAAGAGCCCUGCGACAACACAUACCGGCACGCUCUGAUGAAUUGUCAGAUGCGUGAAUGGACCAAAGCUAUUACGACGAUGUUCAUCCAAGAGCACCACGGUGGAGCGCCAACUGUAUUCAUGUACCGCCCUGCCAGUACCGACGACGCCGACAUCACGAUUGCUCACGACAUCGAGUACGAGGAGGAUGAGGAGGAGGACGCUGUGGCCCUCCUGCGUAAAAACCCGGCUCAGGGGAGUCGUCAAUACAUCAGCGAGCUGGAGGAAGACCUUGACGAUCACCGGAGCGAGAGUUGGAACCAGGACAAAUGGGACACCGUCGUGGAUCUCGCGGUAGAUCUUCUUGCCGAGGGUACCUGCGACAAUCACUGCACCGUGAUCGGAAGUGGCAGGGAAACCAGAGCGCCAGGGGUCAUUGAGAACGUCUCUCAGUUGCACAAGAUGCUCUUCCCCGAGCUGCGAAGACGAGUUCGGGCUAGCCUGCUGGGGCGCCAUCCAGAAAUGUCGGACGACGAGGGAGACGAAAUGAUCAAAGCACACAUCAAGAAUCACAUCAGCUUCAUGUCGCGCAAGGAUUUCAAGGAGUCGUCGUACGGCUGGCCGCUGCUCAGUGACUACCUCGAGAACGGCAAAGGAGUAUCGGCGAUCAGUGACAGGACUGCCGGCGAAAGCAGUGGAGCGCGAUCUGCUUGA